AUGGAAAGGGUUAAAAUCAUUAAGGAGUGGUUGAAAGCUGCCCAAAGCCAUCAAAAAUCCUAUUCGGAUGUUCGUCGCAGGAAUUUAGAGUUCAAAGAGGAUGAUUGGAUAUUCUUGAAAGUUUCCCCUAUGAAGGGUAUAAUGCGGUUUGGAAAGAAAGGGAAAUUAAGUCUGAGGUAUGUUAGGCCGACCGAAUCAUUCAGAGGAUUGAAAGUAAUCGGAGAUUCGUUGCUUAUCGUGCUAGUUGAGACUAUUGAAGCUAAUGAGGAACUGUCAUAUAAGAAAUUCCAGUUGCCAUUCUUGGCAGGCAAGUUUGGAAGUUUAGAAAUAAAGAAAUUGCCUCCGUGA